UCUUCAGCGCUUUUCCGGGCGCCGGCCGUGGCCGCAGCGGUCCUAAUUGUGGCCACCAGAGCCCGAGCUAUGCGAGCCGCGGGCCCGGGCGCGCGCCCCGCGCGGCGGCUGCUGCUGCUGCUGCUGGCUGGGGCCGGGGUGUCUGCCGCCGCCUCGCCCCCAGCCCCGCCGCUCUUCAACGUGAGCCUGGACGCGGCCCCCGAGCAGCGCUGGCAGCCGGUACUGCGGCACUUCGACCCGGACUUCUUGCGCGCCGCGAUGGCGCACAUCCUCGGGCAUAGGAUCCCCAAGUGGGUCCACGCGGUGAUCCAAAAGGCGGUCGAGGAGCUGGAGGGCUUCCUGCCGCAGCCCUUCACUGGUGAGAUCCGUGGCUUGUGCGACGUCCUGAACCUCAGCCUGGCCGACGGCCUCCUCAUCAACCUGGCCUACGAGUCCACCGCAUUCUGCACCAGUAUUGUGGCUCAAGACUCCAAAGGCCACAUUUACCAUGGCCGGAAUCUGGAUUAUGCUUUUGGAACUUUCUUACGCAAUUUGACCGUGGAUGUGCAGUUCUUAAAGAAUGGGCAGAUUGCAUUUACAGGAACCACUUUUAUUGGCUAUGUGGGAUUAUGGACUGGUCAGAGUCCACACAAGUUUACAGUUUCUGGCGAUGAACGAGAUAAAGGCUGGUGGUGGGAGAAUGUGAUUGCUGCCCUUUUUCAGAGACACUCCCCAAUCAGCUGGCUCAUCCGCUCUACCCUGAGUGAAUCGGAAAACUUUGAAGCAGCUGUUUACAAAUUGGCCAAGACUCCCCUUAUUGCUGAUGUUUAUUACAUUGUUGGUGGCACGUCCCCCCAGGAAGGAGUGGUCAUCACAAGGAACAGAGGUGGCCCAGUGGACAUUUGGCCUCUAGAUCCUUUAAAUGGAGCGUGGUUCCGUGUUGAGACAAAUUAUGACCACUGGAAACCAGCGCCUGAGGGCGAUGACCGAAGAACACCUGCCAUCAAAGCCCUUAAUGCCACGGGCCAGGCAAACCUCAGUCUGGAGACACUCUUCCAGGUUUUGUCAGUGUUUCCGGUUUAUAACAACUACACAAUUUAUACUACGGUAAUGAGUGCUGCCAACCCAGACAAGUACAUGACUAGGAUCCGAAACCUGGGUUAAAAAUGAUUUUUUAAAAAUGAAAUUCUUGAAGAGCUGCACUUUAAAAAAUAAAGUAAAAUUAUUUUGUGAACGAUAUAGACUCCUUCCUCAUGAAACUCGUCAGCCUUGUGGAGUGGGGGCCAGAGGAUCACUUGGGAGCUUGUUUGGGUAACGUGGGUAGUAGGCGUCUUGCAUUUGCUUCGCUUCAAGGUUUGCCUUGACCUUCUCUAAGCUUCGUCUAUCCCGGCAUGAACAACUGGAAGAUAAUUGGUCUCGGAGGUCGGGCCAUAUCCUCAGGCUUUCUCAGCUUCUCACCAUCACAUAUAGCUCUGUUGUCUACCUCAGCUUAUGAAGAAGUGAGCUGGCCAGACCUUGUGGUUCAUCAUUGAAGUGCUUCUGGAAGAGUCUGAGAAAAAAGUCUUCUAAAAGAAGUGGAGAAACCUAGUUCAAAUAGAACCUGUUUGAAUGUUUGUUAGUCUGACCUUUGAUCGUCUAUUUCCAUGUGAUGAGAUUCUCAUUUUUCAUAAUGUUUCUAAUGUUUUUUUAAAAAAAUCGAUGAGCCCUCCUUUUUCUAAAUAGCUACUUUCUUACCACUUUUUGAAAGCAAUAUGGAACCAAGUUAUUUCUGAUUGUCACUUAUCAUUACUUAGUAAAAUGUUUAAAGAGAUGUUGGCAAGGAGAAUAAAAAAUUUUUCCAAGA